UCGCACUCGCCCGCUUUCGUUCUAUCCCACAUUUGCCGGGCGCUUCCAUCGUCUUUGGCGCCAUUCGUCGCGGUCACGUGAGUGGGAUCAGCCAAUCAAGCGUCAGCCCCUCCUCUCUACCGACCGUUUAGCUGCGCAGUCAGGCCGCACAUCGCCGGAUCUGCAUACCAACUGCAAAGAAUUUAUUACUUGAUACCCACUUGCAAAGACUGCAACAAUGCGUCCCAUGCGCAUCUUUCUUAAUGAUGACCGCCAUGUUAUGGCAAAACACUCUGUGGUGUAUCCAACUCAAGAGGAGCUUGAGGCAGUCCAGAAUAUGGUGUCUCACACAGAGAGGGCGCUGAAAGCAGUCUCAGACUGGAUUGACCAGCAGGAGAAGGUUAACACUGGAGAAACUGUCCAACCAGAUGCCGAAAUGACAGAUGACACUAAUGAAGAGGGCAAGGAUGGUACCAGUGAAUCUAAGUCAGCUGAUAACUCCACUAGGACUCUCCGCGGAGUGAUGAGGGUUGGACUUGUUGCCAAAGGACUUCUCUUGAAGGGGGAUCUGGAUCUGGAACUGGUUCUUCUAUGCAAGGACAAACCCACCAUAUCUCUCCUUAAGAAAGUAUCUGACAACCUUGUUGUGCAGUUUGCUUCUGUUUCUGAGGAGAAAUAUGAUGUUGUCCCCAAUAUCCGGGAAGCUUCAAUUAUAAUAAGGAACACAAAGGAGCCACAGCUGAGUCUUAACAUUCGUCUGACAUCAACUCUGGUCCGUGAGGAGGUGGAGAAGUUGACGGCUGGAGGUGCGGCUGAAACGCUAUCAAUCAGCGAUCCUCCGGACGUUCUGGACAGGCAGAAAUGCCUUGCUGCAUUGGCGUCACUCCGACACGCCAAGUGGUUCCAGGCUAGGGCAAAUGGGCUUAAAUCCUGCGUUAUUGUUAUUCGUGUGCUGCGAGACUUGUGCACCCGUGUUCCAACCUGGGAACCUUUAAGAGGAUGGCCUCUUGAGUUGCUUUGCGAAAAGGCGAUUGGAACAGCUAACCGACCCAUGGGAGCAGGUGAAGCUUUCAGGAGAGUGCUUGAAUGCCUUAGCUCUGGAAUCUUAAUGCCAGAUGGUCCCGGCUUGUAUGAUCCCUGUGAAAAAGAAGCUACAGAUGCUCUCGGGCACCUAGAAAGACAGCAGCGGGAGGAUAUAACCCAUAGCGCUCAGCAUGCUCUCAGGCUUGCAGCAUUUGGCCAACUACACAAAGUUUUGGGGAUGGACUCUCUACCCUCAAAGUUGCCUAAAAAGUCAAAACCAGAGCCUUCUAUUGACUAUACAGUCCAGAUUCCUCCCAGCACCACCUAUGUUAUCCCAGCCCUGAAACGACCCAUGGAGGAGGACGGAGAGGACAAAUCGCCAAGUAAGAAGAAAAAGAAGAUUCAGAAGAAAGAUGAGAAGACUGAACCUGCACAAGCAAUGAAUGCCCUGAUGAGGUUAAACCAGCUGAAGCCAGGCCUCCAGUACAAGCUGUUGUCUCAGACGGGACCGGUCCACGCUCCUGUAUUCACAAUGUCCGUGGAAGUAGAUGACAAGACCUUUGAGGCCUCAGGACCUUCCAAGAAGACUGCUAAGCUUCAUGUUGCUGUUAAGGUUUUGCAAGACAUGGGACUUCCUACAGGCAUAGAGGAGAAAGAGGAACCUGCUGAGGAGACUGAGCAGAAACCAGUAGUACAGACCCAAGCUCAGAAUGACACUGCACAGGCAGACAAUGCUUCCCCUACAGACCAAUCAGAGAGUGCAAAACAGCAAGGACCUAUUCUCACAAAGCAUGGAAAGAACCCAGUCAUGGAGCUUAAUGAAAAGAGACGUGGACUGAAGUACGAACUCAUAUCAGAAACAGGAGGCAGCCACGACAAAAGAUUUGUUAUGGAGGUUGAAGUAGAUGGUACGAAAUUCCAAGGCUCUGGGUCCAACAAGAAGGUUGCAAAGGCCUAUGCUGCCCUGGCUGCUUUAGACAAACUUUUCCCUGACUACAACACAUAUUCAGAAGCUCCCAAGAAGAAGCGACCACCAAUGAUGCCCAGGGGUGGCCCCAGAGGAGGCAAACAUAAUCAGGGCUUUGGGAUGAUGUACAGUGAGGUUCCACCACCCCAAGGCAUGCGAGGUCGUGGAAGAGGAGGAAUGAACCGCGGCAGAGGCCGGGGACGAGGAUUUGGAGGCAAUCACGGUUAUUCAGGUGGUGGAUAUGGUGGUGGCUAUGGAGGAAACUACAACUACAAUCAGACUUCUGCAACAGCUGGAUACAGUCAAUUCUACAGCAAUGGCGGUGGCUCUGGUAAUGCCAGUGGGGGCGGAGGUGCCGGCUCAGGUGGCUACAGCUCUUAUUACCAAGGAGACAGUGGUUACUCUGCACCAGCUCCCUCUAAACCUUUUGUGAAGAAACCACCAGUCCAGCCGCAGCCGCCACCACCCCAACAGCAGCAGCCAGCACCCCCAGUACAGCAGCAUUCCGGGCCUCCAUCAAAGCCGUCAUAUAACCAGGGUGGGGGCUAUCAGGCACAGUCCCAGCAGGGCUACAACCAGGGCGGUUAUGGAAGCUAUGGACCACCGAAGCCAAAGGGAGGCUACAACCAAGCAUCUCAGGGAGCUGGCGGUAGCUCUUAUUCCUCCUACUCAAACUCUUAUAGUGGUGGCGCAGCCUCAGGAGGUUAUUCCGGUGGAGAGAGUGCUGGUGGCAGAGGUGGCAAUUCAUAUACAGCUCCAAGUGCUGGUGGCUACAGUGCGGGAUCAAAUUACGGUGGCGCUAACAAUACCUCAUACCAAGGAUACACACAAUCUGGCUACAAUCAAGGUUCGGGGCAGAACUACAGCGCUCCCGCUCCUUAUCAGCAACCCCAAGGAGGCACCGGAAGCUAUGGCAGAAAUGCAGACCACAGCAUGAACUACCAGUACAGAUAGACUCUUCCUCUAACCUGUCCCUCCCUUGCCCCUAAUUCUGUGAAGUGACUUAACAAGCUUUAUGUAUUUUAAUGCGUUAGUGUUUUCAACUUCCUGUUGCGUAUUUGUUUUUUUUCCUGUUUUAUAAGUGAAGAUUUUAUUUUAAGACAGUGGGAUGUGUCAAAAGGUUUUUUGGUAUGUCUCGUUUCGGUUCAGGCGUUCUCCGAAGUGAGCCGAAACAUAAUUCAAAUAAAAACAAAAAAACUUUAAAACA